AUGGAUUCUCGCUUUCCAGUGUUUCGAGAAGAACUAUACAAUGUUCAGAUGGACGUGAAGCAGCUUGCUCAUGUGCAGGUCAGCCACGCUGAAAGAUUGGCUCGGCUGGAGAAGCACCAAGCAAAUGAGUCGGCUAUCAAGUCUGCCUGGAACUCUCCAUUCCCCAGCGCUAUCGGUGGCACCCCGCAGCAUGGCCCUAUUCAAAUGCCCCCAGUCGAUUUAUUCGAUGACUUUGAUGAGGAGCAGGGCCAGAACUUGCUAGGCAGCCUCCAUCUCGAUGCUGAAGAGGAGCCUGUCCGGCGCGGCGCGGCCUCAAGGGCGAACAGUGUUCGUUUUGACGAGAGCGCCCUUCAGGGCUCUAGCUGGGCUCAGAACGGCCGGCAGUCUGGCGAAUUUGUGCCUAUCCGACCUGGCAGUGGCAUGGGAAACAUGAUGGAACGCACGUAUUCCCACAAAUCGGAUGGCCGACAUAGUUCUGCCGGUUAUUCUGUGCACUCUGUGCAUUCCCAUCAUUCUGUAGCUUCUGGUCGUGGCAGUAGUCUUGGUCUAGAUACUAACUACGCAACGACUGGUUCCGAGGAGGACUCGCCCAUUGAUGCACCGGCACCGCCGCCCGGUUUUUUCAUUCUGGGCUCUGUUCCGUCCAUUGUUCGUUGUUGGCUGACAACAAAUUUCGCACACGAGACGCUCUUGUAUGCAGAUAUCUGCUCUGGCUCACAGCAAUCAGUGCUGGACUAUUCACUGAUCAAGGAGCUGGAACUAUCAGACGAAGUGCACAAGGACCUGGACGGAGUGUAUCGAAUUCGCUUGCCAGUCUACCUGACUGAGGCCACUGUCACCCACCCGAGCUCAAGAAAUUCAAGCCCAACACCGCAGAUGCCGAAUUUGAUUGUUGGCUUUGAAGUCGUUGGACUAGAGCAAGCAGAGUUUCCUGAUUUGAAAAAGGGCAUCCGCAUUUUCAUAGGAAGUGAGACUUUGCGAGAACAUUCUGCUGACAUCUUCUUCUCCCAAAACCGCAUGACGCUGUACGGCAGUGAAAGAGAGAAGCUCUCCGUGCCCUUCGUGCGCCCGGAAGAUCACAGUGUGUUCAAGUACAUUCGUACAGUGGCUGUCCUGCCCGAGAAGCCGCGGCUGAAUGCUACAGCGCGUCCUUUCGUCUUGGGUGAGCCCAAGGCGGCGGAAAUCUCCAAUGAAUCUGUCAACGAGAUCCAAGAGAAACACGAGCGAGGCGCGCUCGACAAGGAAAUACAGUCUCGUGCGCCUGAGGUAUCACAGCAACCGACGACUGACCGUGUUACAAGCAACCUGCCUGAAGCCGCAAACGACCGAGACACCCAGGGCAAAGAGGACACUGAUGUCUACGAAGCUUCGAACCAAGACCUGUCCGUCUCUGGUGACAAUCGCAGUGAGACCACCAGUGACAGCCAGCGCCGUGAGCCAACUGCUAGUGGCAUAUGGUCUUCUUGGAGACAAGGCUCUUCAACAAACAGUGGUGACCCGAAGGAAAAUGCCCCAUUGAGCGGAUAUCAACCACCUGGUCGAGUUCGAAACAUGAAAGUCCUGAAGCCAAGCAAAGCCAGUACGUCUUUGUCUACCCGAGCUGGAGUCACUUCGGAGGCGCUUCCGAAAUCCAACGGUGAAAAUCGUCGUAAAAGUCAACCUGCGGACACUACUCCCACAGGUGUCCUUCGAUGGGGCAAGCUUGAUCGGGGUUCUGCUUCAGGAUCAGACAAGGACUCCAAACCAGCGGCCAUCAAUGCGGUGCAUCGCGAAACCCGGAGCGUGUCCAGCACACCGCGCACUUCUGCCAACCCCGUCGGCGGAGCCUCGGCUUUCUCAUGGAUGACGCCGAUAACUAAAACAAAGCCUUCUACAACCACUGCAGAUUAA